AUGGUUAAGCAGGAAGAAACACUGCUGUAUGUGACUUCCAGCUCCGUACCCGCCUCUUGGAAGCACGUUGGGUCAAGUCCAGUCACUUCGGCUGCUGUCCCUGUUCCACCUCCGCCACCGCCUCCACCACCACCGCCACUGCCUCCUCCAGGUGUACAACAGAGUCUGUCUGCAAUUGAGCUCAUUAAAGAAAGGAAAAACAAAAAAACCAACCCUGGACAGAAUCCGUCAGAAAACGGGCCAAAGAAGUCUGAAAUACCAAACAUGCUAGAAAUCCUCAAAGACAUGAACAGUGUGAAACUACGCUCAGUGAAAAGAUCAUCAGAAGGUACAAAAUCUAAAGCAGCUGAUCCUACAGAUCCUGCAGCAUUAAUAGCAGAAGCGCUCAAAAAGAAAUUUGCUUAUCGAUACCGAAGUGACAGCCAAAGUGAAACAGAAAAAAUGAUCCCAAAGACUGAAACAAAGACCAAGACCGAGGUCACGCUGUUUGGACCGCACAUGCUGAAGUCUACAGGAAAAAUGAAGACUUUAAUUGAAAAAUCUUAA